CUGAAGUUCUAUACAAACAAAAAAAUUUUAAAUAAAUAUUUUUUUAUAAAAUUUUAUUGUUUGCAAUGAAAUACAGUAAAAACUCAAAUAAAAUCUUAUGGAAAGUGUUGGAAAAAAAUAAAUUAAGUAUUUUUGCAAAGGUAUAAGGAGGUUGAAAAAAUUUUUCACACGAGGUCCUCCCAAAAAAAUAAGCAAAAUAAAAAAUAUUUACUCAAUUUUAAUAAAGAAAAAAGUUUCAAAUUAUAAAAUUUUAUACAUUUCUAAAUAAAAUAAUAAUGUAAAUUAAAAUUAAAAUAAUGUAGAACUUUAAUUUGAAAAAAAAAAAUCGUAAAAGAAUAAAAGUUCUUGUAAACAAUUGAAAAAAAAAAAAAUUCUAAUUAGUGGUAUCAGUGUGUAUGUGGUGCUCCCAUUUGGAGGCGCGCAAAAAUUUUUUGUAUUCUCCCUCAUUCCAUUUCAAUUUUUAUCUAGGUAGAGCACCAUCAACUAAUAAAAAUAAACUUAAAAAAUUUCAAAAUAAUAAAAAGCAAAUGAAAUAUAAAUUUAUUUUAGAGCACGUGAUUUUUAUAUUACUUGAAAAUAAUUUUUUAUAUUGAUGAUUUUUUAUCAAAGGACAAAUAAUUUUUUAGACACAAAAACAUUUGAUAUUUCUACAAUUAACAACUAAAAAACGAACAAAAGUGGAUUUGACAAUCCAUCAAUUGUCAACCUCAUAAAAAAUUUUUUUUUUUUUGAUUUUUUUUUUUAUACAAAAGGUUUCAAUGUAUUACACACAAUGAGACAUUAAAUUAACAUACAGUGUUAUGAGGCGGUUGACUUAAAUACCAAUUACUGUUGGCCAGCAUGAAGGAGAUGGUCGGCGGUUGUUGUGUAUGUUCUGACGAGCGGGGUUGGCCUGAAAACCCACUUGUUUAUUGUGAUGGCCAAAAUUGUACAGUAGCUGUUCAUCAAGCAUGCUAUGGUAUUGUAACAGUACCAACAGGACCAUGGUAUUGCCGCAAAUGUGAAUCUCAAGAGAGAUCAGCAAGAGUUCGAUGUGAACUUUGCCCGUCCCGUGAUGGAGCACUUAAAAAAACAGAUAACGCUGGAUGGGCGCAUGUUGUUUGUGCUCUUUAUAUACCAGAAGUUCGUUUUGGUAAUGUAACAACAAUGGAGCCAAUAAUUUUACAGUUGAUUCCGCCCGAACGAUAUGCAAAAUCUUGUUAUAUAUGUCAAGACAUUGGGAAGUCAAGUCGCGCCACUGUAGGGGCGUGCAUGCAGUGCAAUAAAUCUGGUUGUAAGCAGCAAUUUCAUGUAACUUGUGCCCAAGCAUUGGGACUAUUAUGUGAAGAAGCUGGAAAUUAUUUAGACAAUGUCAAAUACUGUGGAUAUUGUCAACAUCAUUAUAGCAAAUUAAAAAAAGGUGGAAAUGUAAAAACAAUUCCACCCUAUAAACCUAUUAGCCAUGACACAGAUUCAUCAUCUGGAUCUUCACCAGAAAAAGAUGUGGAAGCAAAUAUAUCUUCAUCUUCAACAUUAACGACUUCAAUUAAAAUAUCAAGUUCGAAUGCUAAUUCCUCUUCAGGUAUAGCAUCGUCGAAUUCUCAAUCUAUUUCGUCGUCUAAACAAAGAAAGUCAAGUAGCGCAAAACCCUCUGCGAGUGGACAGUUCCCCGCGAUAAAUAGUGGAACCAGCGCUGGAAGUAAUUCAAUAAAUCAAACUUCCAAUUCAAGUUCAAGUAAAACAAGCUCAAGUACUUCUAAAGAUAAAGAGAAACAUAGCAGCAAAAGUACGAGUAAAUUUUCUAGUUCAAGCAAAAGUCAAGACAGAGAUGGCUUAAAUAUGAAUUCGUCAUCAUCUACAAGAGAAAAGAGUAGCAGCAAAUAUUCAAGAAGCAGUAGCAAUAAAGAUUCUAGUGGAAAUAAUAAUAGUAACAGCAAUAUCAGUAAUUCAGAGCAAGGAGGAGCUAACAUGUCGAUCUCAUCAACAAAUACGCAUUCAAGUAACACUAUAGUAGCGAAUUCUACGCCAAAAGACGGUUUUAGUAGCUUAUCCAAUGAUACAAGUAAUGUUAAUACGUCUGGUUCGAGUACAAAAAGUGGUUCAACUUCAAAAAAGAGAAAAGCAGAUUCUUUAAAAGUUUCUACUGUAGAAACUAUAGAAGUUAACAGUGCAUCAUUUCGAGAUAUUAUAAAAGAUGUUUCAGUUACGUUAAUACCUCUUCCUAUUGAUAAAUCAGAAGGAGGAACUGAGUUUGAAAAGGGAACCAAGAGGCCAAAAACAGAUUCUGGAAGCCAUUCAACCCACCAGACAUCACAUGAUUUACAACAGCAACAUCAAUCGAGCACAACAGUUAGUAAUUUAAGUUCAUCAUCUUCUUCCCACCUAAAGAAUUCAAAUUUAGUUAUUAAAGAUGAUAGUCGUUUAAGAACCCAAUCUCCCCAUGGAAAUAGUAAUAGUAAUACAAUAGCAAAUAACAAUAUAUCAGGCAGUCAAAUUAGCUCUAAUAACAAUCAAUCGACAACACCGUCUAUAUCGUUACCUUCAACAGGACCGGCAACCGGAGUAACGUUAUUAUCAUCUUCAUCAUCAUCAUCAUCAACGUUAUCAUCUUCUGUACAUAAUUCGAAUAAUAGUACUAAUAUAAGCGGUAAUAAUAGUAGCAACAACAAUAAUAAUUCUGGUUCAACACCGAGUUUAUACGUGUCGGUGCCAUUAUCUACAGCAAAUGUACCUGGCGUUAAUAUACCUUCAACUGCAUCCAAUGGUUCAACCAGCGGGACUGGUGGGAGUGGUGUAAGUCUAAGUAGUGUAUCUUCCAGCAGUAUUAACAACAGUGGGAAUAAUGCUGGAGGGAAACAAUCACCUAGAAUUUCGGGAGGAUUUCCUUCUUCAACGCAGCAAUUACAUAACACAAAUAAUUUGAUUGCACCUGAGCAUAGUAAAUCUAUAAUUAGUGGAAGUAGCAGCAGUGCUGCGAUUCAAAGUAACAGCAGUGUUAUUCAACCGAUCGUUUCACCGUUAGGUUCUACAAAUUCAAAUUUAAGCGCGUCAAAUGAAAGUGUUAAUCUAACAAUUAAAUAUGAAAAACAACCAAACUUUAGGGUAGCCAAAGUUCAAGAACAGGAAUCAGGUCCAGCGAGACGAUCAAGAUCUCAAUCGAAUGAAAGUGGAUCUGCAAAUCAUGGCAAUAGCAGUUCAAAUAUUAAUAGUAGUUCGGUUAACGUUAGCGGUAGUAGUCAUUCAAGUAAUUCUAGCAAAUCGCGUUCAGGAAAGAAACGUUCUUCAUCUAGUAUUAGUUCAUCUUCAAUAUCGACAUCCUCAUCUACAUCAAGUUCAGUCCAACCAAACCAACAACAACAAAUAGGUUCUUCGCAAAAUUUGAACUCUCAAUCGUUUUCUUCAAACACUCAACGCCGAACAUCAAUGUCGCCGCAAAAUAGUAAUAGUAAUAAUAAAUCUUUGGAGUCAAGUUCACCUCCACCUAAACAAUCAAGAUCCAGUAAGUCAUCACAUCAUCAAAAUCAGCAACCACAAAUAAUAUCACGUCCAUUACCACCAAAUGAUAUGCAAAUAAAUAAUUCACAAAAAAAUAAUUCAGAAUCUGCAGGAUCGUACGGAAGCAGUUCCAGUUCAGAAAACUUAAAUCGCAAUAAAAACAGCAAUAACAAUAAUAAUAAUAACAGUAAUAGUAAUAAUAAUAAUAAUAGUAACAGAAAUAAUACUAAAAAUAUUGCUAAUAAUGAUAGUAAUAAUAAUAUUAACGAUUUUAAUAAUUUGAAUAAAAACGACAACAACAAUAAUAACAGUAACAAAAAUAACAGCAGUAAUGAUAGUAAAAUUAAUAUUGGUAAUAAUAUUAACGAUAAUAAUAAUAAUCAUAAUAAUAAUAAUAAUAAUAAUAUUAAUAUUAAUAACGAUAAUGAAGAUAUCAGUAAUAACAGAAAUAUGAAAAAUAAUAACGACAAAAAUAGCAUCAAUAAUAAUAUGGACGAUAAAAAUAAUAGCAAAAAUAAUAAUGAGAAAAAUGGUAAUAACAGCAAUAACAAACAUAAUGUAGAUAAAAGCAUUCCUAGCAACAUCGAAUAUAAUAGUAAAAAAAAUAUUAGCAGCAACAGUGAAAACAGCAAUGAUCCGAAAAAUUGCGACAGCACUGUUAGCAAAAUUGUGGGUAACACCAGUAGUAAUAAUGAUAAAAUCAAUAUUAACGCAAGUGACGGUAAUGAUAAAAGUACUAAUAAUGACAACAAUAGUAAUAAAAGUAAACAUAAUGCCAACAGUGAUCUUGUUGAUAAUAUAAAUAGAGAAGCUAAGGGUCAUAGUAGUAAUAAUAAUAUUAAUGAUAAUAAUAGUAAUACCAACAACACUAACAGCAAUAGCAAUGACGCCAGUGUCAAUAGCAAAAAUAACAAUUAUAAAAAUAAGCAUAUUAACAAUAGCAAUAUUAAAAAUAAUGAUACUAAUAACAAUAACUUAAAUAAAAAUAAUAAUAAUUGCGAUAAUAUUACUGAAAAUAGUAAUAAAAAUGGUAAUGAUAAUUCCAAAAAUAACGAUGUUUCUAACAACAAAAAAGUUAAUAAUAGUAACAUUUGCAACACUAACAAAAAUGUUAACAACGAUAAUAAUGCCAAUACUAUAAGCAAUAGUAACGGCAACAGCAACGAUGGCGUUAGUAGCGCUGCUAAUGAUAAUACUAAUACCAGUAACAGCAGUAAAAACAUAAGAUAUAAUAAAAAUAAUAAUAAUGAUAACAACAAUAAAAGUAGUAAUAAUAAUAAAAAUGUUUCUAAUAACGGUAACAGUAAUAAAAGCGGCAACAAUAAAAAUUCUAGUAGUCAUACUUCGCAUAAUACUUCAAAUAUAACUAACAUAAAACAUUCAGAAACAUUAAAUACAGUUAAUAGGCCUAACAAAAAAUCAUUACGUGGUCAGCAGUCUGAGGCCAAAAAAUUGACAGAUUCAUCAGCUUCUAGCUCCACAAUUAAUGUCACUUCGUCGAACAAUAAUAAUAAUAAUAUUAAUAACAAUAAUAACAAUAACAAUAACGCUAAUAAUAACAGUAAUAAUAAUAAUAACGACAGCAACAACAACAAAAGUAGCAGUAAUAAUAGCAAUAACAUUAAAAAUAAUAAUAAUAAUAAUAAUAAUAAUAAUAUUAAUAGUAAUAAUAAUAAUAAUAAUAACAAUACUAAUAAUAAUACUAAUAAUAAUAAUAAUAAUAAUAAUAAUAAUAAUAAUAGCAGUAGUAGUAGUAAUAAUAAUAAUAAUAAUAAUAAUAAUAAUAAUAAUAAUAAUAGUAAUAAUAAUAACAAUAAUAAUAGCAAUGGUAAUAAUAAUACUAACAACAAUAAUAGUAAUGGUAAUAAUAAUAAUAAUAAUAAUAAUAAUAAUAAUAACAAUAACAAUAAAAACAAUAACAAAAAUUGUAAUAGUACUAGUAAUAAUAAGAAUAAUAAUAAUAGUAAUAAUAAUAAUAAUAGUAAUAAUAGUAACAAUAAAAAUAAUAAUAGCAACAACAAUAAUAAUCAUUCAAAUUUAACGCAAUGCACUAAUGACGAUAAUGUAACAAAUAAUUCCAGAACACCUGAUAGUGGUAAUUACUCAAAUACUAGUCUAUCACAAGCGAGCCUGUCUACAAGUUCGAGUUCUUUAAACAAUGGUGGUCUAAAAUUUUCUUAUGAACCUCAAAUAAAUAGUGGGACACAAUCAUCAGCUUUAAGUCCGCCCAUAGUUGAUACGAAUAUAGGAGCUGUUAUUAAAGAUUCUCCCCAAAGUUCUCCUAGUUCAGAGUCAGGCUCAACAGCAAGUCGAAAACGUGGGCGCAAGUCGGGUGAAAUAAGAAAUAGCGCGAUGCCAGUGAAUAGUGUUAACGGGCCCAUACCAAUGGUACUAGACAGUAAAUCAGAUGGUAUUAAACAAGAAAAUAAGAUAUUGCAAAAUGGUACGAGUACAACAGCAACUGCCAAUUCUUCAAGUUCUUCAAAUAGUUUAAAUACUGCUCAUCACAUGCUUGGUAAUCAAAUAAAUCCAAGUAGUAGUAUGGCACAAAAAAUGAGUGAUAUGGUUCAUAUGGAAAUACAAGACCAUAGUAUAUAUUCACAAGACAAUGGACCUCAGUUAAUUGGAGUGCCGUUUCCAGGAAAGCGGGCAACUCCAACUAAUCAAACCCAAAAUUCCAGUACAAAUCCAUUAACUUCUAUGUUAACUGGAACAGCUACCUCAACUCCAAGUGGCAAUACACCACAAAGUUUAGAACAAUUACUAGAACGACAAUGGGAACAAGGCUCCCAAUUUUUAAUGGAACAAGCUCAACAUUUUGAUAUUGCUUCACUUUUGUCAUGUUUACAUCAGUUACGUACGGAAAAUAUUCGCUUAGAAGAACAUGUUAAUAGUUUGAUAGCAAGACGAGAUCAUUUACUAGCAGUCAAUGCUAGACUGGCAAUACCUCUGACAUCAAACAAUACGCAAAAUCAAGGUGCAGAUGUUGCACCAACAAACAUGCCACCUACUGGUGGUCCUGGUGGAGGAGGUGGUGGUGGAGCUGGUUCAUCAUCAUCAACUUCAUCAUCGUCAUCUUCCAAUCGAGGAACAAGAAAUCCUCAAUCUCAAACGCCACAACAACAGCUACAGGCCCAAUCUGCAUCGUCUCAACCACCACAAAUAGUCGAAAAUGGAAUUGAUUUUAGACAUACCUCAUCGCAUACGAGUGGAGCGCCCUCAGUUGGCAGUUCGAGUGCGAUAAGUAACAGCAAUAAUGAUAAUAACAGCAAAAAUAAUAUAGAAAAUGUCAGUAAAAAUAAUAAUUAUAACAAUGUAAAUGUAAAAAAUGAUAACAUGAAUAGUAAUAAUAUUCCAUCAUCAUUGCUGCCACACCCUUUACAUGUUAGUAGUGCUAUCGGUGGCAGUAGUGUUGGUACUAUUGGAGUCGGAGGAUCUAACAAUACUGGCAUGAGCAACAUUACAAAUAUAAAUUCGAAUAGCAAUAACUCUAUUAACAUUUCUUCCGCAUCUUCUUCAAUAAUUGGGCGAAGAGAUCAUCACCAAAUAAUGCAAUCGAAUUUAUCAUCAAUAAAUUUACAAUCAUCAUCGCCAGAGCAAUUGCUAAUACGUAGUGGUCGAGCUACUGCCACUGGUAUAACAUCUAAUAUUAGCAGUAGCAAUCUUAAUGGUGGGCUUGGUGGUGGUAGUAGUAAUGUUGACCGUUCAACUUCUUCCUAUCAUCAUAACGCCGCCGCCUCACAGUCUCCAUAUAGCACUAUACAUCAGUCACAACUAAGAAGAGACGAUCAUAAGAAUAGCUGAAAUUCAUCAUCAACUAUUUUGAUGCGACAAAAUGAAAUUGACAAUUUGUCAAACAAUUCCAUGAAUAACAUUAGAAAUAAUAGUCAAGAUGAAGGUGACAUA